AUGGAUAACUCGUACUAUUUUCUGGCCAUGUCCAUGCUGGUUCUGUCCCUCGGGUUAAGGAUUGAGGAGGGCAUGUGCCAACACUACUACCUCCUCCGUCCCAUCCCCAGCGACACUCUCCCCAUAGUGGAGCUCAAAGAGGACCCAGACCCUGUCCUGGAUCCAAAAGAACGGGACCUGAACGAGACCGAACUCAGAUCCACCCUGGGUAGUCACUUCGACCCACACUUCAUGUCCAUUACCCCGCCAGAGGACAAGUACUCGGGCAACGAGGACCUGAGCGACUCGGAGAUACGUCAGAAGCCGUCCGGCGCGAUGCCCAAGGAGAUCAAAGCCAUGGAGUUUGAGAUCCAGCACGGCAAGAAGCACAAGCCCAGUAAAAAACUUAGAAGAAGGCUGCAACUGUGGCUGUGGUCUUACGCCUUCUGUCCAGUUGUUUAUACAUGGAACGACCUCGGGAACAGAUUCUGGCCGCGCUACGUGAAGGUGGGGAGCUGCUACAAUAAGCGUUCUUGUUCCGUCCCUGAAGGGAUGGUUUGCAAACCUGCCAAAUCAGCCCAUUUUACGAUCUUACGAUGGAGGUGCCUGCAGAGAAAAGGAGGUCUGAAAUGCGCUUGGAUACCAAUUCAGUACCCAAUUAUAUCUGAGUGCAAAUGCUCAUGCACGAACUGA